UGUUUUUUGCCGCUAAUUACACUGUAACACUGGAUAAACUCAUGGUAUACGGGCGGCUGAGAGUCAGCAGGCGUCGCACGCAAAUGACGUAGCUCAGAAGGCACGUUUGUUCUAGCACAUGAGGAUAUAAACACCAGCUAACUGCUCCUCAAAUAAGAUAACAUGGCGAGGAAUAAACAAAAAGGGAAAAAACAGAAGAACGUCUUUCAAGUUGCAAACAAGCACUUGAAGCACAAGAACAAAGCAAAACCUGUCACGACAACACUCAAACAUAUCAAUGCAGUGAAAAAUGAGAAGGUGGAGAACCUCAAUCAAAUCUUCACAGAAGUCCAGAGGGAUGUUAAGAGCAUUUCCAAGUCUGUUGCUCCUGAACCAAAGAAACAAACACAGGUUGUUAGAGAGCCACCCAAGGAAUCUGUAAACGUUGACAAUGCUGCUCAACUCUUCUCUCAGCUAUAAUGGACUGUGAAAGUGGGACUGUCAUAAAGUCUGAGGACAAACACAGUGACCAACUGUUGUACUGUAUGUCUCUCCAUGUCGGACAUAUGAAAUAACAAAGUCAGUUUACGUCCAAAAUGAGGACUGCAGAUAAGUAAAAAAAAAUUAGAAGAGGUUA